GCUGUUGAACCUUUUGCCUUCUUUUAUAUUUAUUUAUAGGUAGCUCCAUCCUCUUUUGAAAGCGUAGGCAGUGGUGUGAAGCGACAGGGUAGCGAGGGCAGCUCCGCGCCAGCUAAUGAGACUUUCCAGGAGUCAAGGAAAAGGAUUAGCCACGACUUCUUGCAAAUGCGCUAGGGGAUGUACAUCAGAACACUCGCCUUACUUUGCCUAAGUUAAUUUGGGAAUGAUUAAAUCGUGAAAGCUCUAUCUAAACAACGCCUAAUAGUCCCUAAGAGCGAGCUGAAUGAUUUGGGAAUGGCUGUUUGUGCUGCUCACCGGGGGCAGAGCAGGGCACCCGCACACGCACGGCGAAUCCCGACUGCGAGCCCGGGGGUUCUCUGCCCCCAGCGCCUCCCGGGGAGCCGGGACCCGCACCCCCUCCUCACUCCUCUGCCUUUAACACUCCCCAAAGCCUCCUCCCGAGGAUGGAGCAUCAUCAUCCCCGUCCAUCCCCAUGCUCGGCUCGGCGGAGGGUCCGCGGGGCGGGCGGCCCCCGUGCGGGGGUGUGCGGUGUGAGAGAGAGAGAGAGAGGGAGAUGCUGUGUAAUUUUAUCCACGCUGCACUCUGGGAGUUCACACGAGACUGAUACCUUUUGCCUCCUCUCUGCUCCGUAUCAAUUGGUCGCAGAUCGGGCUAUUGUUGCAGGAAGCUCCUUUUAUUUCUAUGCUCCGUCGAUCAACUAUUUUCCCCCCAGUCUCCUGCCGAAAUUCAGCGGCUCCCUCCUUCUCUCCCUCCCUCCCUCUCUCUCUCCCUCCUUGCCUCUCUGUCUCACGCAUGCCGUCUGUCUAUCUGGGAAUCCAAGGAGAAGGCUGAUCACGGCAGCUGCGUGUAACACAAACAGCUGGGACUCUUCGGUGCCCUUUGCCGAUGUCUAUUGAUUUAAGUAAAUCUGAGACAGAUAAAAGGGCCCGGAUCGAGGCUGAUAAAACCCCGCCGAUGCUGCGCGGCUCGCAGCAGCGUGCGCUCGGCAUCUCCAGAGCGCUGCAGGCAAGACGCCUUUAAUGGGAGCCCUGGUGCCUCUCGCUGCGAGCCUCGCUCUCCCCGGCAGACCCAGCGCCGCGGCCACCAUGCCACGAUGGUUAUAACCUGGAUCCUGUUCCUGGCCCUGCUGCAGGAGCCGCGCUGCCCGGGCCGGGCCGCGGCCGUGCCCGAGCCCUCCGGAGCCGCGCCCCGGCCGCGCCGGGAUGCGGGGGGACGCGGCGGUGUCUACGAGCACCUCGGGGGAGCGCCCCGCCGCAGGAAGCUCUACUGUGCCACCAGGUACCACCUGCAGAUCCACCCCAGCGGCAGGAUCAACGGCACCCUGGAGAAGAACAGCGCCUUCAGUAUUCUGGAGAUAACUGCUGUGGAUGUUGGAAUCGUUGCCAUCAAGGGCCUGUUCUCUGGCAGAUACCUGGCCAUGAACAAGAGGGGAAGACUUUAUGCAUCAGAGAGCUACAACGCCGAGUGUGAGUUUGUGGAGCGCAUCCACGAGCUGGGCUACAACACGUACGCCUCGCGGCUGUACCGCACCGUGCCCGGCCGGGCGGGCAGCCGGCGCAGAGCCAGCGCAGAGAGACUCUGGUACCUCUCCAUCAACGGCAAGGGGCGACCCCGCCGGGGCUUCAAGACCCGCAGGACACAGAAAUCCUCUCUCUUUCUGCCCAGGGUGCUGGACAACAAAGACCACGAGAUGGUCCGGCUGUUCCACGGCAGCGCCAAAUUCCGGGAGAGUCUCCUGAGGGCGCCCAGCAGGAACCAGCGCAGGAGGAGAGGGCACUGAUGGAGCUGCUGGUGGGGCUGGCAGGGACUGAGCCUUCAGAGAGCUACCAAAGGACUCACAGCUGUGAUUGUACCAGGGGCAUGAACACUGACAGGUUUUAUACUCUCUGUGAUAGAACCAAACCCCACAUCGCUUGCUUGUAGCUGUUGUAGGUUUGUUACCUGUGGGGAAGGAGAUGGGAGGUAAGCUGAGGCACAGUGAAAGGUAGA